AUGGCCAAAAACGUGCUGGGGGGAGAGCUGCAGUGCUGCUGCACCUCCCCUAAGACUGGGUUCUACAGAGACGGGUUCUGCAACACAGGACCUCAAGACACUGGCCGUCAUGUUGUCUGUGCUCAGGUCACUGCUGAAUUUCUGAACUUCUCGAAGUCCCGGGGCAACGAUCUCAUGUCCCCAGCACCCAUGUUCAGCUUCCCUGGCCUCAAGCCUGGAGACAGAUGGUGCUUGUGCGCUUCUAGGUGGAAAGAAGCCUACGAUGCCGGGUGCGCCCCUCCAGUUUUCCUCGAGGCGACGCACGAGAACGUGCUCAAGUUCGGCAUUGCCCUGGAGGACCUCAAGAAGCAUGCGAUCCCUUACGUGGGUUCUUGA